GUUGACGAACCAUCGAAUAUGCGUUAGCGAUACGCGCGCUCCGAACCGUUGUACUUUAAAAUAAGUAUCGGUCGAUGAAUUAAUCCAAAUUCAACAUUAGAAUUUUGAUUUUACCUGUCUUCUUCGCCGUCUUCUGCAUCUUCUUAUGUACCCAUUAUGUGCGAGACCAUGUUCAUUGGACAGCAUGCAGCCGUGCGAUUGUGGCCGUGUGUGCAAAGAAAAUGAAACCAAAACAAACGGUUGACGUUUUGACGUUGACAUUUACAUCGUAUGUGGCUCGUCGAGUGCAAGAAAAACAAAUACCCUAGUAUAGUCAAAUUCAUUAUGAUGGAAAUUUAUUAACAAUUAAAACGGAUUUUUAAGUGCCGGUUUUUUGCGUUUUUAUUGUUUUUUUUUUCAUUUCUUUAUUAUUAUUUUAUUUAAUUGCGUUCCAAAACAAAAACAAAAACACACGAGACAAUAGCAUUUGAUGAUGUGGCUCCAUUUGAAUUCCUAUCAAUUUCAUAGAAUAGUCUUAUUUAUUUUUGCAAUAUUCAAUACUCUAAAGCCAAACUAUUGCCUAAGGAAAUAUUCACGUGCAGAUGUGUUUAAAUUAAGGGAGGAAGUUCGUGAAAUGUUCCAGCAUGCAUAUAAUGGUUAUUUAAAUCAUGCGGCUGACUAUGAUGAAUUGAGACCAUUAACUUGCGACGGUGUAAACACAUGGGGCAGCUAUUCACUGACCUUGAUUGAUUCAUUAGACACAUUGGCUGUGAUGGGAAACUUUUCCGAAUUUCGACGUGUCGUGGAUAUUUUAAUUCAAAAGUCAAACUUUGACAGUGAUAUAAAUGUAUCGGUGUUUGAAACAAACAUUCGAAUCGUCGGAGGAUUGAUUGGUGCUCAUUUGAUGCAACAUCGGUCGGGUGUUACACUUGAACCGGGAUGGCCUUGCAAUGGACCAUUGUUGCGUAUGGCCGAAGAUGUGGCAAGACGUCUAUUGCCUGCAUUUGACACCAAAACUGGUAUGCCGUACGGGACAGUAAAUUUAAAGUAUGGUGUACCCGUCAAUGAAACAAGCGUAACGUGUACAGCUGGUGUGGGAACGUUUAUCGUGGAAUUUGGAGCGUUGAGUCGACUGACGGGUGAUCCAAUUUACGAGGAAGUGGCAAUGAAUGCCAUUUAUUCUCUAACGAAAUAUAUGUCAAACAUUGGCUUAUACGGUAAUCAUAUCGACGUACAAACUGGACGAUGGACAGGUGUUGACAGUGGAAUUGGUGCCGGUGUUGAUUCAUUCUUUGAGUAUUUAGUUAAAGGUGCAAUUAUGUUGAAUCGGCCAGAACUGAUGCAAAUGUUCAAAGAGGCAAAAGUUGGCAUCGAUAAGUAUCUCAGCAAGAAUGAUUGGCACAUUUGGGCGAGCAUGACAAAGGGCCUUGUCACCAUACCAGUUUUUCAAUCGCUAGAUGCGUACUGGCCAGGCGUACUUAGCAUGGUCGGAGACAUACCAAAUGCUAUGAAAUCCAUUUAUAAUUAUCAUUCCGUGUGGAAACAAUACGGGUUUCUUCCAGAAUUUUAUAACAUACCAAACAGUGAAGCUGGAGCGAACCGUGAAGGGUAUCCAUUGAGACCCGAAUUAAUCGAGUCUGUGAUGUACUUGUAUCGAGCAACGGGUGAUUCAUACCUCUUAGAAAUUGGCGAAGAUAUGCUUAGGAGUAUUCAACAUAGCGCAAAGACUUCAUGCGGUUUUGCUACGAUAAAAAAUGUGCGCGAUCAUCGCAAGGAGAAUCGAAUGGAAUCAUUUUUCUUGGCUGAAACGACAAAAUAUCUGUAUAUGUUGUUCGAUCCGGACAAUUUUCUCAACAAUGACGGCGGCAGUGGUACUGUAGUGCAGGUGCUAAAUGGUGAAUGUGUCAUUGAUGCAGGCGGCUAUAUAUUUAAUACUGAGGCGCAUCCAAUCGAUCCGGCUGCGCUAAGAUGUUGCCAUGAAACACCUUAUAAGGAGAUUCUUGCUGAAGAUUUUACCACUUCGCAUUAUCUGGGAGAAGUAUUUCGAGUGAAAAUUGAUGAAGAAAUAGAACCAGAUAAUACAAAUGACAUAUUGAACGAUGAUGCGGAAUUCGAUUUGAAGCAAGUGACCGAAUGGCUUGAAAGUGACGAAGAAAAGAGUGAGCUAUUGAAAUUUAUUGAUGAAAUCAAAGCGAUUUCAGAUAAAAAAUCGUCCCGGAAAAAUCCACUGCUGACAAAAUCAUCAAAUACGACCGAUGCGCAAAAGAACACAUCGUACGAUGAGCUAUUGCUGUUUGACGAGAUUCUAUCGGCUGAAAUCAACAAAAAUUCCACCAAUCCGAACAGCAACAUCAUCAAAGAUCGUAUCAAUAGGACAGGGAGAAUAAUAACGGAAAGUAAUCAACAAGCCCAAGCGCCGGAGUGGAAUUCACAACGACAAGAAUCAGACAAAAUUGACGAAGAACUAGUAUUACAUCCGGCUGAACAAGAAUCCACACCGAAAUCAUUCGAUCCACAACAUUUGAUCGAACGCAUUCGACGAACAAAUCAUCGAACACAUGUGACCUCAAACUAUGAACUGUUGUCCUGCAAAUCACAGUCAUUUCUACAACGUUUGGCUGUGCUCGGCGAAAUACUAACAUGAACAGUUCCUUGUAAUUUUGUAUAAAGAAAAAUUAAAGCAAAAAAAAAACAAAA